GAAGCAGCUUCAGUGGGAGCUUGCUGAAACUAGACAGAUGUCUAUGGCUGAAACUAAUGUCAAUAACAGCUAGCUGAUUUGCUACGAGCUGCACUGGAAUAACGCUACUGAUUACGCACUUACAAUGAACUGACUUGCUACCUGUGGCCAGCAUUGAAAACGUCAGAGGUUAUCAACAUCAUCGACUGUUUUGUAGGUGAAUGAUUAGUCUGAUGGUGUGAUAUCUGGCUGGCUGUAGAUAUCUAAUGGACGGCUUGACCUCUGACCCCAUCACGCUGUAAAUCUUUCGGUCUUCAACAACCGCCGGAGCCAUGUCGUCCCGCGUCCUGCUGCGGCAGCAGCUGAUGAGGGAGCAGGCACAGGAGCAGGAGAGGCGAGAGGCCCAGCAGCAGGCCUCAGUGGCCCAGCUCCGGGCCUCUGACUCCUCCCCUGCUAUCUCUGUCACGGUGCCCCCCUCCGCUGCUCGCCCGCCUCCCGCACAAGUACCUGUGGAGGUGCUCAAGGUGCAGACUCACUUGGAAAAUCCAACAAAAUACCACAUCCAGCAGGCUCAGCGGCAGCAGGUCAAGCAGUACCUCUCUACCACUCUUGGGAAUAAAGUAGCAACUCAGACUCUCGGGGUGUCGCCUGUCCUCCAGUCCAGCUCGGCCCCCGAGAUGGCCCCAUCUGCCAGCAGUGCCCCCAACAGCCCGAUGGCACUUCUGAAUCUGGGGUCCCACAAGGAGGAGAUUGAUGACGUCAUUGACGACAUCAUCAGCCUUGAGUCCAGUUUCAAUGAUGACAUCAUGUCAUUGAUUGACUCUGGCCUUCAGCUUCCUAAUACGCUACCAGGGAAUCUCCUGGAUGUCUACAGCAGUCCUGGCAUGGCUACUCCCACCAUUACAGUUAGCAACUCCUGUCCAGCAGACCUCCCCAAUAUCAAAACAGAAAUAACAGAGGUGGAAGCUAAGGUUCUCAUGAAGGAGAGGCAGAAGAAAGACAACCACAACCUCAUUGAGAGGAGGAGAAGGUUUAACAUCAAUGACCGCAUCAAGGAGCUGGGCUCACUCAUACCCAAAUCCAGUGACCCGGAGAUGCGCUGGAACAAAGGCACCAUCCUGAAGGCCUCGGUGGAGUACAUCCGCAAGUUGCAGAAGGAGCAGCAGCGAGCUAAAGAGGUGGAGAUGAGGCAGAAGAAGCUGGAGCACGCUAACCAGUCCCUUCAGAUGCGCAUACAGGCGCUGGAGAUGCAGGCUCGCCUCCACGGCAUCUCCGGUGCCGCUGCACUGGGCCCAGACGCUGCUCUCCAGGCCCAGCAGCAGCAGCAGCAGCAGCAGCAAGGAGUCAACCCCCAGGCCUCCCGUGCGGACCUCCACUCCCAGACGCUCCUGAGCCUGGACGUGGGCUCCAUAGCGCAGGCCUCCUCGUCCUUCCUCUCCCCGCCACCGUCCGGCUCCCCGGUGGGGGUCACCAUCAGCAGCCCCCUGGACCUCGGCGCUCUGAGCUUCGCCGAAUUGGACGACCCCGCUGCCACCUCCCUGUACCCCGACGUAGGGCUGGGGGACAUCCUGAUGGACGAGGACUGUGGCCUGGCACUGGGCCAGUCCACGGCCGAGCCGCUGUUCUCCGUCUCGCCCGGCGCCUCCAAGAACAGCAGCAGAAGCAGCUUCAGCAUGGAGGAGGACUUGUGACAGAAGCUUGAAGCAAUUAGCUGACACAAAGACUGUGUGCGUGUGUGUGCGUGUGUAUGCGUGCGUGUUCGUGCGUGUGUGUGCGUGUGCGUGCGUGUGUGUGUGUGUGUGCGUGUGAGUGUGUUUGUAUGCGUUGAGGGACAGGGUGUAUAUGUACUGUGGUGCUUAUUAUGUCCAUGUUUAACAGAAAUUGCAUGUUUUUUUGUUUUUGUUUUUUUUAUGCGGUGAGAUUACCCUUUCAGAACCUCGCCACAGCUUACGUUUUCCUAAUGGCUUAGUCAUACAUCACUCUCAAUCAGUUAGUAUGAUAAAACAAGGCAUACCUCACAGGCUACACAGAAUAGAUAGUCAGUGAUCAGUCAUUCCCUGGAAUGAACGAUUUUAAUCAGUAAUCAUGCAAAAUAUAGCUAAUAUAAUAACAACAAACAGUAGCACAAAUAUGGCUUGCCAGUGUGGAAGUUGUAAUACUAUGAUAGGUGUUUCAUUUAUUUGUAUUUGAGCAUUCAAAACAGAGAAGGGAAGACAACCAUUGAAUCAUUGGUUAUGUAUUUUCAUAUGAACACUUAUAAAUUAUGGAUGGGUGAUUCACUAAAAGUUUAGGGAAGGGUUUGUGGGUUGUGCAGAUAUUGACAUCAGGGUGCAAUACAAGUGAUCUAUCUACUCAACAUGAAUUUUUGUUUUCUUAAACCAAAGGGAUAUUUUAGAUAAUGCAGUACAUUAAUAGGGGAACUAUAAUGUUGGUGUCUAUUUUUUAAGAUGUAUUUUUUUUUCCUGCUUGUAUAUGUAUUGCACCUUAUCUCUUUGCGUCUGUUCUUUGAAAUACCUCUCAGCUGUCCGUAGCACUUUAAGCUGGUCUCCACCUCUAAAUGUUUUUUUUUUCCAGCCUCCUAACCAUUUGUUUGUUUAGUCUCAGUGCACACAUUGAACAUUUCUCAGAACUAUAUUUUAGCACCAUUCUUGACUUUGAGAAGAGUUUAGUUUGCAAUAUUGCCUGAGUGAUUUGUGUGCAGUGGAAGAUUUUUUUUUCUUUUUUUUUUUUCUGUACCGCUCUUGCAUGCUCGCUGUAAGGGUGAUAGGUGUGUGUACUCCUUGGCUUCACUCAUGCAUAUACUAAUAAUGGCAUGGUGAUAUUAAUUAAGAGUACUGCUUCAGCAUAUUCUAUUGUUUCACACAGUAUUUUAGUGUAUUGUUGUUUCACUUGGUAACUUAAUUGUAUUGUUGUCUUUGGGAAGCUUUAAUCAAUCACUGCUCAGUCACUAACAUUUACAUACUAGAUAUGUUCAAUAAUCCAGUUGUACAGAAUGAUGACAUUGCGUCCGUAUUCAAUUCAAGAGAUUUUAACAAUGGACUUCAAGCCAAAAUAAAUCAUGAAUGAA